AUGGAUCUCUCUGCACUGCCCAACAACCACCCCGAUAAAUUCCUGCAGCUAGACGUGAAAUCCUUAGCAAAAACCUCCAUCUUUUUACAAACCUGGCUAGCAAGUUUUCCAGACGCACAUUUUCCUGGGCAACAGCAAUGGCACAACAGAGUCUAUUCGCAGCCUUCAUCCUUUUCGUACGCGUUAUCUUCCAGAGAAAAGAAAAAUUUACGUGAGCAGCCUAUCGUGGAAGUGAGUGAGCCCCAUCCCUCAGUGAUAGAUAAAUCCCUCGGAAAACACAUUACACCAAUCACCUUGAAAUCAACCAUCAAAAGAAAUCCUCUUUACAGCGAGGCCUUCCCUGAUGAUAGCUGGAAGGAAGGGAAAAAAUACCCAUCCUGGACUGUUCAAGACUACGACAGACAUUCCUUAAACUCUAGCCUGGCUCACUAUCUAAAGGAAAACCCAAACGACCUGCAAUACUGGUUGGAAGAUGUGUACACACCAGGAUAUGACACCCUGCUGAAAAAGAAAGAGAGAGAAAGGAAACACUCGCGAUGUUGCCUCAUUGCGCUGCUCCUGACAUUGCUGGUUUGCGUCAUCAUAACAACGGUGACAGUUUGUGUUCUGUUUACCUGACACAGCCAAAUUCAGCCAAUAAAAAUUUCUGGACAAUG